ACAUGUGCGGAACAAAUCGACUGAAAGGCGGGGAACAAAGCUGCGAUAUGACUGACUGAGAAGCGGGAGGAGGAGAAGAGAAGAAGAUAGAAACUCCUAAAUAAAAACAAUACUCCUUUCUAGUCAUUCAAAUUAAUAUUAUAAUAAUAAAAGCUGCUAUAUAGCUGGAAGAGGACGACACCGGCUGGAUCAUCAUCACACUUCAAAAUGGAUCUUCACGAUAAAGAUAUUAUCCCUGGAGAGAUUUUGCCUGUGGUCAUAAUUGGCAACGGCCCGUCAGGGAUCUGUCUGUCAUACCUGUUGUCAGGUUACACCCCCUACCUGUCACCCGAAGCAUGGCAUCCCAACCCCCUGCUGCACAGCAAGCUGGGAGAGCAGCCUCACCUGUCGCUGCUGGAGCAGAAUCUAGAGUACCUGUGCGAGGGCUUGGAGGGCCGAUCAUCCAAUCCCGUCGCAGUGCUGUUUGAUUCGCUGCUGCUCCCCGACAGCGACUUCGGAUUGGAUUACACCUCUCCGUUGGCAUGGCGAUACGAACCCGAGCGUGCCAUUCCUCACCUGGUGCUGGGGAAGGGUCCGCCUGGAGGAGCCUGGCAUGCCAUGGAGGGCUCCAUGCUGACUCUGAGCCUGGCUAACUGGAUGGAGCUUCCUGGACUCAAACUGAAGGACUGGCUGCGAGACAAACGCAGAAAUGUACGAAACGACCGCGCCACACCAGCAGAGAUAGCCUCCUACUACCAGCACUACGUCUCUCAGAUGUCUCUGGAGCAGAACUUUGCUUGCGGCACCACCGUCACCUCGGUAACCAGGCAGCCUGGCAACCAAGACGGGUCACCGCCAUGCUGGAGGGUGAAGGGACUGCAGCGCCGAGAGGGGGAGGUGCUCGGAGAUGGUUCAUCGGUCUCAGAGGAAGUGCCUUUCACCGUGUUGGCCCAUAAUGUGGUGCUGGCGACGGGGACCCACGACAUCCCAGCCCGGCUCGGUGUGGAGGGAGAGUCUCUUCCUUUUGUCUGCCACUCUUUCUGGGAGCUAGAGGCAGCCAUCUCUCGUGGUGAGCUCGACCAGACUUCGGACCCUGUGCUGGUGGUCGGGGCGGGUCUUACGGCGGCCGACGCGGUGCUGGCCGCUCACCAUCUCAACACGCCGGUCUACCACGCCUUUCGACGCUCGGUCACCGACCCCGGGCUUAUCUUCAACCAGCUGCCCAAAGUGCUCUACCCAGAGUACCACAAGGUUCACCAGAUGAUGACUCAGCAGCAGCACCGAGCGGACUCUCCACCACAGGAGCAAGCUCAGAACCUCCAUCACCUUUCCACCACUUCCUCCUUCUCUCCAUCCUCGACCUCCCCGUCCUCCUCCUCCUCGUCCUACCCGGGUUACCUCAGCUUCCCUCGCCACAGGGUCGUGGCGUUCCGACCGGACAGGAAGUGCGUCCUGGAGUCAGACUCUGGCCAACAGACGGUGGUUCAAGUCUCCAAGGCUCUGGUUCUGAUCGGCGCCCAUCCCAACCUCUCCUUUCUCGCCGACAACGGGCGUCUACUGGGCGUCAAACCCAAGGAGACAAUAACGUGCCGAAGGAACCCGAUUGAGGUGGACCCUUUCACAAACCAGGUGGUUGCGGCUGAAGGGCCGGGCAUGUACGCCAUGGGGCCGUUAGUUGGCGAGAACUUUGUCAGGUUUCUGAAGGGCGGAGCGCUGGCUAUCGCUAGUGACCUCGCCAACAGACAGAGGGAGGGAGAAGGAAGAGGAGAGGAGGACAUGGCCACAGAGAGAUUAAAGGACAGAUGCCUGGACAGACAGGUGACCACACAGGCAGAAGCAAAGGUUUGUGUUCUCGGGUUGUAGCUGGUUUCCUUGGACUGCAGCGUUGUUGAGUGGACUGAAGCAAACAGACUUGCUAUGAUGUGAUUCAGACUCAUGGAUCGAGACGAAAAACAGGAACUGGGCUCAACUUUAAACUCCUGACAACUGGAACGGCUGCAAACACGAGUUAUAGGUCAUGUUUUCCAGAAAUCACAGAGUAGGGCCGUCGAACAGGAAACAAGUGGCCCUAUGACUGAACUUGCACUGGUUUGGGUUUGAUAUCUUAUUAGAUCGACUGUACUGAUCUCCAGGCCUGACGCACUCUGCUCUGAAGGCUAAAAUAAAGCAGCUGAAAGACAUGCUGGAAAGAUCAUGCUGAAAUAAAAGUCAGUCACAUGUUGGAGAUGGAACAAAAUGAGAAUGAGACAAAGGUAGAGGAGAAGAGACCGAUGUUUGGGAUGUCCCCGUCAAAUUAUAAAGCUAGAAAUGUACCACCAGGAAGUUAUUUCUGGGAGGAUUGGGAAUGUGUUAAACUCCACUAUGACUUUAUGAGUCGGGAUGUUUCACAUAGAGACUGACUGAUACUUGAUUUCUAAUGUUGAGAAUGGAGGAUAUUUACAAAAUCUGAUAGUGAUAGUUCUUUUUUUUUAAAAUUAAGACAACAUUUUUGAUAAAAGUAUCACUUUAAAUUUGGUUGUGAUCGAGACAAUUUAUAAAUGAGUCACCAAAAUUUCACAUAUAUGAACGAUAUGUAGUGACCUAUGCAGUCUCACAUUUGAGAGAUUCAUGGCAAAUAUUAUAUAUCCAUUUUUAAAUUACAUGUUCAGGCAAAUUUAAGCCUCUCUUCCUAUAUUUUAGUGCUGCAACGAUUAUUUUCAUUAUUGAUUAUUAUUUUUUAAUUAAUGAAACAAUUGUUCUGUCUGUAAAAUGUCAGAAAAAGAGAAAUGCAUGUCUCAGAUGAAAGAUGACUCCGUCUAAAACCCAAAAAUAUUCAGUUUAUUGUUUUAACUGACAAUUUAAAAAAACAUCAUCACAUUUAAGAAAUUGAAAACGAUAUCAUCAUUAUCCAAGUAGUUGCAGAUUAAUUUUCUAUUUUCCAUUGAUAAAUCAAGUAAUCAUUUUGGCUGUACCUUAUUUACAUCUUGCAGCGAUCAUGUGGUAGAUUUACCAGUGAUCAUUCAGAGGAGAGUUUCUUAACUUCAUGAAUUGACGAGGACUGACACAAACUGGAAAAUACUGGAAAAAAGGCAGAGAGAUAGAGAAAUUAGAUGAGGGGAAAUAGAAAUGAAGAGAGAAGGUAAAAUGAAAGAAGCAAAGAGAAUGAAAAUGAGAGAGGAAAAAAAAGUGAAGUGAUCUUUUCAGCAGCAGUUCUGCUUCUUCAUGACUCAGUAAAAAUUUAUCACCAUAGUAACUUCAUACAUGACCAAAACGGCACCUCGCUCUUUUUAAAGAGGUACGACAGGGAUAAUUAACAUGUUUCUGUAGUUAUGAAUGGCAACACUACACAGUCAGAGCUGAUGUUUCACUAAAACAAACUUGUUACAACUUAAUUCCUGCUUCUUUCUUUAUAUAAUUUUCUAUGUAUGUGUUUUUAUAUUAUGGGUUUGCAGUUUUGUGAAUCUUUGGUGCUGUAUUUUUCUGUUAGUAUGAUUUUUUUUUGUCAUGUAACAGGCAACUGUACCUACCUGAGAUCUUUGUAAAUCUUUGAUGAUUAUGAAAGAUUUUUAUACUUUCCAGAACAAGAAAGAAAAAUAUAUUUUUUUUCUAAUUCCUCUCCCUGAAAAUGUUUUUAAUUUGAAGCUGUUGUAACUUCAGAGUUUGGCCUCACUGUGAACAAUAACAAGAUAAUAUAUGAACGACAGCUCUAGACUGAUUUGCAUCGCCGUAGUAACACUAAUGAACAUGAUUUCCUCAUUAAUCUACAUCUUCUGUAACUUGUGUAUUUCUGUGUAAAAGAAGAAAUCACACGAGAAAACCGAAAUGUUGUUGAUUUCAGCUCUAAUAUAUUUUUUCAGGAUCAUUUUAAAACCUUCUGCUGCUUCAAGAUGCACUUUUAAAAACUAUUUUCACCACUAACUUAAAGUUCUGAUUUACUUGAUCAGGAUUUGGCGGUAAUUAAUCAAUUACUACUGUUGAAUAUUAGUCCCAAUGCAUAUAUGUUUUAAUGCAUCUCCAUUAUAUUUUAUACAUGCUGUAAAUAUUAAUAAUACACAUAUUUUUCAUAUUUGAUCUUCAGUCUGAGAAGAGGUGCAAAAGUAGGUGAAACAAAUAUUUUUCCAUUUGUCAAAGCAAACAAUUUGAAUAUAAUGCAUUUUAAAAAUGGAUCAUUUUUUUAAAAUCUAAAGUUUAGUGCAGCUGUGUAUGCAUGUCAAGGCUUCUACCAGGACAUGCAACAUGCUGAUAAUGUUCCUUUUAGUUUCCUUGAACAGGAGAGUAAACACUGUAAGAAGCUAAAAUCACUUCUCUGUAAAUAGUUUCAGUUUUCUGUUUGUGAAAAGAGAAAUCUGAAGAAAUUGGCUGACAAUACAAUAGAUAGACAAUACCAGGACGAAACCAGGACAAGGAUAGUGAGGGUUUUUUUUAACACAGGAUUCACAUUUAUCAAAUAGAUGACAAUUAACCUUCAUAAAAUGAUCAUCUUAAGGACAGAGGUGCAGCAGGAGCGCAACAUAUUCUAUUAUUACAGCUCCUACUUUAAGUCACAAGUAUAGUUUCAUGUUUUAAAAAUGCACAGUACUGUAGUUAUUAAAAAAACGUUACUCAAAUAAGAAUAAAUAUUGCAUUUGUAAGGGACUGUUUUCAGCGCUGGAUUAAUGCACUAUUUCCAGCAAUGUUUUCAUCAUUGAUUAAUCCACUUAUCAUCUCAAUCAAUCAAUUAAUUCUAUAAGACGUCAUAAAAUAGUUUCCAGAGACCAAGCUUGUUGUGUUAGAUCAGAAGUCUGAAAUCCAAUGACAUUCAGAUUAGUAUCAUACAAUACAAACAAAAACAGCAAAUAAUCACAUUUAAGAAGCUUGAUCCUGAAUAUUUAACAUUUAAAAUAAGUAAUCAUGAUCAAAAUUGUUGCCCAUUCAUGUUUUUGUCAAUUAAUUUAUUUUAGUUUCAGUUCAAAUAUAGACAGAACUGUCACUUUAAUUGGUUACAGAGAUCAAAAUCUCCAUCAAAAAACAUCCUAUGUACCAGUUUUAUUUAAGGGUUGAUUCACUCAGUCUAAGGCCUUUGCUGGACAACUAUAAUAGUUGUCAGAGUCGACCUGAUGACGCCUCAUGGCUUCGUGCCAGUAGAGAGCUGUGAUCUGCAGCAGCCAGCAGUGCCUUAAGACGCAUUAUUCACAGCAGUUUUUAUUGUUUCAGAGCAGAACAUACAUCUGAAUCUCUUCAUUAUGCAGUAAAACUCAUGCUCAGUCUUUUUUUAAAACACCAUUUGUAUGUAGACAUUUUUGUCUUGUUUGUAUCGGGUGAUUUAAAAAUGUAUCCAAAUAAGUUUCCAUCUGUAUUGACAGUAUACAAUUUCUGUUUUCCAUAUUUGUCUGUGGGUUUCUAUUAAAAAAAGGAG